AUGACAGCCACUGAGGUCACUGAACUGCUGGAUCCAAGAGCUCUGGUCGAUGGUGUAGCCUCUGUGGCACUAAUGACUGGAUCAUCUAUUAAUCUGUGCACCAGCCAGUCUAUAGUUCCCUCAAGGGAACUAACAUGGGAUUCUUCAGCUCUGCCUUGCCCACCCUCACCGCACUCCAUUCGCACACAACACCCAAGGAUCCCUUUAACUGAUUGUAUUUUACCGACACUACCCAGUGGCUCACUUCCAUCUGGGCCUUUUCCUGCUCUGGAUCCUGAAUUCCACCUGGACCAUUGCUCAUCAUUUCCUCUUUCCUUUUCACCGUUUCCAUCAUAUGAAACUCAAACAGUGGAUCCUGCUGUCCCUCAUGUGGGACCUUUGAGUUACCAGCACCCUGGAAGUACCCUCAUCUCGAUUGGUAUUGCUCCUUUGCAGGACAUUAACCUGUUACCAAAUUACCCUGACAAUGCACUAACUUGUCACCAGUCUGCAUCAGACAUGUCUGUUUCAGCAAAAACAGACGUCUCAUUUACUGUGACUAAAUCUAAAUCAUUUUCCAUCUUGUUGAGUAGCCAGGAGAACCCAGCCCCAGGCAGCCCUGGAGAGUUGUCUAAAGGUACCCCAACAAUCACAGUCAGUGAACAAUCUAGUCUGGAAAUUACAAAAUUACCUUGGUCUCAAACUCAAUCCAAAAACACCUUUUCUUCUACCUUGCCAGCAAGUAAGUGUGAUCAAGAGUGUAUAGCCCCACCCUUACCAAACAUGUCUUUUGGUGAGGACAUUGUAAUCUCUCUAGUGGAACCUGGUCACCACUCUUUUGUUAGUCCAAAAUCCCUGCUAUUCUUAGAGAGUCAUAUCCAAAGGAGAAUCAGUUUCCUAACACUUAAAGGAUAUGAAAAUAGGGGAAAUACUUCUCUAAAACCACUUUGUGGUGACAACCAACUAGAGUCUUCAGGAAAAAUAUUAACUACCAAUGAGCAGGAUAAUUCAACAGAGCCCCUUCCUUCUUGGCCAAACAUUGACUUGGAAUAUCAGGGACAUGACCCACCCCUAGUUUCUAAGAUGCUGAACGACCAUUGCCAGAAGAAAUAUACCCAUCUCUUCUGGGGUCUCCCAUCCCUGCACAGUGAAUCCUUACCCUUGACCCUCAAUGUGUUGAGGGAUUCCUUCCAAGUCUUUAUAUUCAAUUUAAUCCAAGAUAAUACCACUUGCAAGAAAUCCUCAGUACAUCCUCAUUACCCACCUGUUCCUUUGUGUGCACGCCAGCUUCCAGAGUUACCUCGUUUCCUGUCCCCAUCAAAAUCCCUAUGUUCCCAGGCGGUAAAAACCCUAAACAAUGUCAUAUCUCCACUUAAGGUCUUACCUUCUGGUUCUCAGCCCCAGAAUAGAAUCUGCGGCGUGAGAUGCCAUCUGCCUCACAAUGACCCAGUGUCUCUUACCACUUGUGAUAUUCAACAUUUGGAACAUCACAUAUUACAAAAGAAACAGGAGUAUGUAUGGGGUCUACCUUCCAUAGUGCAAAGAUCUCAGCAGGAAUUUUAUCCUUCUGUUCCCAAAAUUCCUGACCACAGGAACUCACUAGUCCAUACUUCAGUCUCCAUUCUUCAGGGAAAUUUUCCUCUCAGCAUGAAUCUUACAAAGAAGUUAGAGCAUCACCUUCAUAAGAGGCUCAUCCAACACCAGUGGGGACAGCCCUGUACAAUCCAUGGGUGGCUUUCACAAAGGAUGCCUCCAGAGAAAUUUUCAGAGAAACCUGAACUUCCUGAAAGGGGAAGCAAUAAUGAAGAAACUCUGAGUCCCUUAAGUAUGGGUCACAAUAGCACAAAUCGAGAUUUAGCCACAAGUCAACCAGAAAACAUCCAUCAUCCCUCUAUAGACACAAAGAUGGGGAAGGAAAAUAUACAAAGCUCAGAUAAAAUGCCCAAAUACCAUCUGAGUGACCAGGAAAAAUCUUCGGAGGUGGGUCUGAAGCUUCAGUCUGAUCAAUUCAUAAAGGAUGGUGUCUUGGGUAUGUCAGAAAACAACACACAGGUUGUAGGAAAGAAUCAGUCCACCCAAAGUCUUGAGUUGGUUUUGAAAACUCACUUGAGCAAGAAGUUUGAGGAAAUCCAUGAGGGUAGACUGCCAGGAUCUGUGACAAAUUCAAGGCGUACAAGCAAGGUGACAUUGUCAACCUCUCAAAAAUCUCUCACUCCGGUGAAACAAAGGAAGUCAACUUUAGCAGAGGGUGAGCAAGGAUGCCUUAAUACAGUACAGGAUCUGCCCUUCUUUGAUUCCAAAGCACGGAAGUUGAUGGAAACCCAUAUUAAUAGAUUUCAUAAGCAAAUGAUAUGGGGACUUCCAACCAGGGUCUGUGAAUCCAUAGAAUGCUGUAAGUUGUCAACUACCUCAUCAUGUUUCAAUAUGCCUUCCUUAACCAACUGGUAUUCAAAGGGGCGUGCCAAAUCUAGAAACUUCAAUCCCUCCAAACAAAAUGCUGAAUUUCUUCAAGGAGACGGGACAGGAAUUAAAUGUUUAAAUUCUUCUGUGGGUCAUGCUGUCUCAGAUCUUACCUCAUCUUUGCAAAAGGAUAGACAGAGCACGCCAAAACAAUCACCCGUUGUCCUGAGAAAUGCCCUUAAUGAGGAAAUUCAGACACUUAAGACAGGCAAAAUUCAUCUAAUGUCUGUGAAAAACAAUCCAAUACAAAAAGAAAAUCUGAGUGAGAGUCUACCAGUCAACCCAAAUUUACCUGCAAGACAAGAUCAGGCCAGACAGGAAUCAAAAAUACAGCACGUGAAAUUCAGUCAUGAAGCAGAAAUGCCCUGUGAUUUGUCAAAGCCCCAAACACCCAGGGAGACACACCAAGUUAAGAAGCAGCCUGCUCUUCUAUCAAAAGCUCAGAAGCACAUGACCAUCAAAAGAGUGGACACUUCCCCAAAAGCCAGUGCAAUGAAAGAUGCAGAGAGUGAUGUGGUUGCUGGCAGUGCUCCUAUUAAACCACCAUUUUCCCACCAUUUUACAGUAUCACCCCUGAAAUGUCAGCUCAUUGAUGAACCUAAGAUUACCCUGAAGAACAAAAAAGAAUGUGAGGCCAAAGACCAGUCCCAGUCCAUGUCCCAGUCUUCAGAUGAGCUGACGUACAAGACUUCUGUCACUCAGCUGGUGGGUGUCCAUGGAAACCUGGGCAUUUCCCCAGCCCUGCACGUCCAACUGAAGGAGAACGAGGUCCGAUUGGAAGGGCAGCAGGAGUCUUGGCUCCCUAAACAUGUGCUUAGGCAAUGUCCAGAUGAGGCUCUUCCUAGAGCUCCUGGGAAUGUCUGUAGCUGUCCAGCAAGCAAAUCUGAAGAACUGGGUGCCGGGGAUGCACAUUUGGGCAAGGCAGAUGGUGGCAGGAAGAUUUGUCCUUCUAAGGUCAAAGCAUUGCAGGAGACACAGGGUAGCAAGACUUGCCAAGUUCCAUUACAGAGAAGACCGCCUCCUUCAGAGAAUUACUAUAGUAAAAGAGUGAAAGGCUGUUUUCAGUGGAUUUCUCCUAGGACCAAAAUUCAAAGCCAAGAAAGUUCCCAGGAAAUGUAUACGCCCAUUUCAUCUGUGUCAAAUAUGGGGCUAAUCCAAAUGAGAGCUGCACCUCUUGGGAAGAAUGAAAAUCCAAGAACUACAACAGAUUCCCGGAAGUCCCCUAGGGAGAAAGUGGGGCACGUGCCCCCAGUAGAUGGCACAUGCCCUCAAAAGCCUUCUCCCACACCAGUGAAGUUCAAGGCGAUGUAUCAGGUGGCAGAAGUACAGGUCCAGAGAAGGGCUGUCCAGGAACAUUGUUUGAAGGAGGAGAUUCCUUCCCAGAGAGUAGCAACUACAAAGUCCUACCAGCCUGAAGCUGGUUAUGUCCCCCAGAGAUGUCCUAGACAUAAUAGAUACAUCCCAAGCAAGGCCUCGCUGCAGAAAGCCAUGGCCUGCAAGGAUCAGCAUGUAGGUCUGAAGGACUGUCCUUCCAUGGACCCCAGCCAGGCACGUGACAGUAUUGCCCCCGCUGAGAAAGGCACUUUGUCCAGAGAUGUGCCAUCCAACUGA